UCUCUUCAGUUUUUGCAGGGAAACAAGAGGAGCGGGUACUUCUAUAAGUUGGGUACUUGGCAAGAGGGGGAACAGACCCCUUUGUACCGCGUCCGCCAUGUCAGACGAUACAGUUUUCCACUCAGGAGAAAGUUUCAGCUCUUCUUAUGAAAAACAGAUAAAGGGUCGAGAUAUUCUUUUUUCAUCUCCAGAGGAGGACAGCAGUCUGUAUUUUACUUACAGCGGAGGCCGCAAUGAACUGGAAGUCCGCAAUCUCAACUAUGAGGUGGACACAGCAGCACAAAUACCCUGGUAUGAGAAGCUGUCAGAGUUUAAGAUGCCCUGGGAGAUGCACAGCAAUAAGCAGACGGUCAUAAAGGAUCUGAACCUGCAUGUUCACAGUGGACAGAUGCUUGCUGUCAUUGGCAGCUCAGGCUGUGGGAAGACCUCCUUACUGGACAUUAUAACAUGUCGAGAUGAGGGUGGCUCCAUGAAUUCAGGAGAGAUCCUGAUCAACGGGAAACCUUCCACGCGAUCUCUGGUGAAGAAAAGCAUAGCUCAUGUACGGCAGGAUGACCGUUUGUUACCACAUCUCACAGUACGAGAGACGCUAGCUUUUGUGGCAAAACUGCGUCUGCCUGCGAACUUCAGCCAAAAACAGAGAGAUCAAAGGGUGGAUGAUGUGAUUGCGGAGCUGCGUCUGAGGCAGUGCGCUCACACACGUGUGGGCAAUGAGUAUGUGAGAGGAGUGUCAGGUGGGGAGAGGAGGAGAGUCAGCAUCGCUGUACAGCUCCUCUGGAAUCCAGGUAUACUCAUUCUAGAUGAGCCUACUUCAGGUCUGGACAGUUUCACGGCUCAUAAUUUGGUCAUCACAUUAUAUCGUCUGGCUCGAGGGAACCGGCUAGUGUUGCUGUCAGUGCAUCAGCCUCGCUCAGAUAUCUUUCAGCUCUUUGACCUUGUGGUGCUGCUGUCCUCUGGUUCAGCCGUGUACUGUGGUCAGGCCAAAGACAUGGUGUCUUACUUCACCACUCUCGGGUACCCGUGUCCACGCUAUUGCAACCCGUCCGACUACUACGUGGACUUGAUAAGCAUUGAUCGGCGCACUCCUGAAAAAGAAGCACAGUGUUUGGAGAAAGCCAGCAUGUUGGCGGCCCAGUUUUUAGAGAAGGUGAAGAACAAUGAAGAUUUCAUGUGGAAAUCGGAAGUCUGUGGUCCUCCGGCACUGGAAGCCCCUCAAAGCAGUGUUCCUUCUGUCUCAAUGAAAGAAUCAGUGAUCACAGUUUCCAAACAGAAGGAUCAGCUGCCGGGAAAAGUGCAUCAGUUCACAACCUUAAUCAGACGGCAGGUAUUUAAUGACUACCGGGACCUGGUGACACUGGUGGUUCAUGGUUUAGAAGCUUUGCUGAUGUCAUUGCUCAUCGGUUUCCUAUAUUUCGGGUGCACAGAGGAAGGUCUUUCCAUCCAAGAUACAGUGGCUUUGCUCUACAUGAUAGGAGCUCUGACACCCUUUGCUGUGGUGCUGGACGUCAUCGCGAAGUGUCAUUCAGAGAGAGCCAUGCUGUAUCAUGAACUGGAAGAUGGCAUGUACUCGGUCACCCCAUACUUUUUUGCCAAGGUACUUGGAGAGCUGCCAGAGCACUGUGCCUUUACACUGGUAUACGGUGUGCCCAUCUACUGGUUGGCCGGGCUCAACGUCGCUCCUGAUCGCUUUCUGCUCAACUUCCUGUUGGUUUGGCUGACGGUGUAUUGUAGCCGCUCCAUGGCACUGUUUGUGGCAGCAGCCCUGCCAACGCUGCAGACCUCAUCUUUCAUGGGCAAUGCUCUUUUCACAGUAUUCUACCUUACCGCUGGCUUUGUCAUCAGUCUGGAAAACAUGUGGAUGGUGGCGUCUUGGUUUUCCUACAUAUCCUUCAUGCGCUGGGGUUUUGAGGGGAUGCUGCAGGUUCAGUUUCGUGGGACCAGAAUCCCAAUCACUAUUGGAAACCUCACUGUAGAAUUCGAUGGUAUUAAGGUUGUGGAGAUGAUGAAGAUGAACCAGUAUCCGCUGUUCUCCUGCUACCUGGUGCUUAUUGCUGUUUCUUUGGUUUUCAUAUUGCUCUAUUAUCUGUCCCUCAAAUUCAUUAAACAGAAAUCCAGUCAGGACUGGUGAGGGAGCGAUAUAUUCUGGUCCAUAUUGGAGCUUGUUUUUGCCAAGCAGCUGUAAAGUUCCCAACUAUAGAUCUUGGAAAACAAAUCUGUUUGUUUAGGCUAGUUUGCAACAAGAACCAUAUAUCUGUUUCCAGUUUAUUCAGUGCACUGAUGCAUAUUCAGUUUAUUCCUUCUCUUGUUUUCACUUGAUUUAGUAGUUUGAAAGCUUACUAAAAACAGUGAUCAAAUCGUGAGCUUUGUUGUACUUCCACUCUCUGCCGCUGGAUGGCAGAAGUGUACUAUGUUUUUUCAAUCUUUAAAGGGAUAGUUCACCCAAAAAUAGGACUUUCCUUAUCAUUUAAACACAUAAGGUAUGGAUUUCUUUCUUCUGUUGAACACGAAACAAUAUAAGAAACUCAAACAGGUUUGAAAC